ACAAAACAAAAAAAAAGAAGCAAAAUACGUAAUAGUAACAGAAAUUUAAAUUUUAGUGCUGCAAUUUUACAGAAAAGGAAAAAUAGAUAAAAGAGUUUUUUCUUCUUCCUGGAUCCCAUCAGAUCCCUUGUUCUGAAUAGAAUUUAGGGAUUUUUUUUUUCGUCCUAUUAGUUUCCUUAAUUUCAAUUUUGGCCCGUUAAUUACUCGGAUUUUAACCUAUUUAGCCCGAAAUUGAGUUAUUUUUUUGGAAAACAAUUUGUUGUAUAUGAAAUGAAAUGUAGAUUGAUUGAUCUGUUUAUUAUAGGAGAAUCUGAGACCAAUUUUUAGGGUUUUGGAUUGGGAUGGCGUCAGCUCAGGUGUUAAAAAAGCAAGAGCAUUUACAAGCUGGGAAAAAAAAGCUAGAGGAAUUUCGUAAGAAGAAAGCAGCAGAGAGGGCUAAAAAGGCAACUUCAAAUAAGCAGCAGCUUGGUUCUGAUGGAGGCAUAGAGAAUCAACCUUCAGGAAAUGAACACACUAGAAUUAAGGACUCCAGUGGAGCUGGUACAUCUGAUGCUGUUGGCAGAUCUGCUUUAGAGCCAUCUGAAAUACAUGCUAAGCAUGAUUUUACGAAGCCUGAUCUUACCCAGAAGUCUGAUUUAAUUUUUCCCAGUGAUGCUAGUGCUGGUGCUACGCCUAGUUUGUACAAAUACAACUAUGAUGCUGUUUCUAUGUCUGCUGUUAAAGCCAACAACUAUGACUUUAGUUCUUCCAUCUCAGCAUUGUCUCAUUUAGAAGAUAAAGGGUCUAAAAGUGAUGAGAAUCUUAAGGUUUCUGAAACAGUAAGCGAUACUUAUGACAACACUGAGAAGAGAAAGAGUGAUGGGGCCUUAGAAAGUGUUCCAGUCGGGUCUGCGACCAACCACUCUACAGCCAUUUUCCCACCUUCAUCCCUCAAUAAUGACAGAACUUCCAGUCAUUUCACUUAUGAUGAUCGGGUUAAAAGCAUAUCGGAGGAGAACCAUGCAAAGGAUCUUUCUGUUACUAAUGAUGGUACUUCUCAUGCUUUUCCAGCUAAUGUCUCACCUUCAAAUUCAUUUAUUUCUCAUGAAGACAAGCCAAGUUAUACGGACCGCUGGGCUAGUGACAUGACUUCCGCUUCAUAUGGUGAUUAUGUGCCCCGAGCUACCACUGUCACAACAUUUUAUCCUGAAGUUGGGCGAAAUGAUGUUGCUGCAGGAUCUAAUAAUUUUGUAGUGCCUGAUAAAGGAUACAGCCAGUUAAGCAGCUCCGGUGUUCACUCGACUAAAACUUCUUCUUGGGCAUCAGACAUCAAGUAUGAUGGUUUUAGUUUUGAUGCUAAAAGUUCAUCUAGGUACUCACAGAUGUCUCCACCUACAGAUGGGACAACUGGGAGGAGAUCUCCAUCUUUCCUUGAUUCCAUCAACAUUUCAAAAGUCUCUGCUGCAUCCCCUCCCUCAAUAGGAUCAAUUACUUCAGACACAUAUGACUCAAUGGUUUACCCUAGGGACACUCUGGGUUUAUCAAAUUCUUCAAAAUUUUCUGGUAAUGGGUUAGAUCUGUACAAGCAUGCUGUUGAGAAAGAUAUGGGCAACAUGGACAACAGACAACCAUUUUAUUCACAGAAGCAAAAUGAAGAUUUUGCUGCGUUAGAACAGCAUAUUGAAGAUUUAACACAAGAGAAGUUCUCUCUACAACGUGCUCUUGAGGCUUCACGAACUCUUGCAGAGUCUCUAGCUGCUGAAAAUUCAGCUCUGACAGAUAGUUAUAAUCAACAGGGAAGUUUUGUUGGCCAACUAAAAGCUGAGAUGGAGAAGUUGCAGGAGGAGAUUAAAGCUCAUCUGGGAGAACUUGAAGCCGUGAAAAUGGAAUAUACAAAUGUACAAUUGGAAUGUAAUGCUGCUGAUGAACGCGGCAAGUUGUUGGCGUCUGAAGUGAUAGGCUUGGAAGAGAAGGCACUUCGUCUAAGAUCUAAUGAGCUUAAACUGGAGAAAGAAUUGGAGAAGUCACAAGCUGAAAUGUCUUAUUUCAAGAAGAAAAUUUCUAGCCUUGAAAAAGAUCGUCAAGAUCUGCAAUCAACAAUUGAUGCUUUGAAAGAAGAAAAGAAGCUCUUGCAGUCCAAAUUCCUAAAAGCUUCUGCUAAUGGACAGUCAGUUGAUCCUAGCAGGAAUAUGCCUACGAAAAUAGAUGUUUCAACUUCUACAGAGGAUCUCCGUGAAGACAAUAUUGCAAGUAGUACCAUAAAUGACACUAACUUGGUUGGUACUGAUGGCCCCACCACCUCUUCUCUGCCUGAUUUUGGGCAGUUUAUUCUUGAAAGUUUGUCACCGGCCAUUCCUCCAGAUCAGAUUAGGAUGAUCCAAAACAUUAAUACAUUAAUUUCUGAGUUAGCCCUGGAGAAAGACGAAUUGACAAAAGCCCUGUCAGUUGAAUCAUCUCAGUGCUCUACAUUGAAGGAGUUAAACAAGGACUUAACUCGAAAGCUUGAAGUUCAAACACAAAGAUUGGAGCUUUUAACUUCUCAAAGUAUGGCAAAUGAUAACAGCCAAGUAAGACAACCAGAUGCAGUGUCUGUACAUGACCAUAUGGCAUAUGCUGAUGAAGGAGAUGAGGUGGUGGAACGGGUAUUGGGAUGGAUCAUGAAACUAUUUCCAGGAGGGCCAUCAAGGCGACGAACCAGCAAGCUUCUUUAAUCUCCAGGGCAAGAGUAUAAUGGAGUCUUCAUUCGAAAAGCUUUGCUCCUCUCCACCCUGUAAUUUUGGUAGCCAGACAAAGUCCGGGUUUUGUAUAUUAUCCAUGGUGUACACACACUCCGUUUUUUUCUUCCCAGAAAAAGCAAAUUGUAUCUAAGAGGCAUAUUGAAAGACGGAACAGCUGUUUAUCUGACAGUUUUGGCAAUAAAACAUGAUCGCGUUGUUUACAAGGAUUCGAUUAUCAACCGUUGCAAUGAAGAUCAAAUACAACAAAAGAUUUGGGGAUGUCUACUUGAUGCAUUUCCAGAAGAUGUGUUUUGUUAUCAAUCAUGAGAAAGAAAAAAAGAUGCAAAUGAUUUUUUUCUUCUAUGGAAGUGAUGUUUAUUAUAUCUUUUGCCAUUGUGCCCUUAUGUUGUAUUUGUUGAAAACUGAGGCAUAAAAAAGCCCAAUAUAUCAAAAAGAUGAUUUUGGCC